UUUGUUUUUAUUUAGUUUAUACUUAUUCUUAUUAAAAAUCAUGCAGAAUAGCUUUUUAAAAAAUGUCUUGUUUUGCAUGUGCAGCAAAAUUUAGCUGGACUAAAAAAGAGUUUGAUUGUAAAUACUGCCACAAAGUAUUCUGCAAAGAUUGUUUAAAAGAAGUUCCUGGUUCUCAGAAGGAAAAUGGUUGUAAAAAGUGCUUGAGUAGCAAUUUAGCUCAGUGGAAAGAAAAUCCAAACACAUAUGUAGGCCCUUCAAUGAAACAAGCUUAUGAAAAUUUAGGUAUAUGUGUUGGUCCGCCUAUGAAACCAGCUAAUGAAAAUGAUCCAGAUUUUCUUAUUAAAAUGCGACUUAGUAAGCUAAAAGAAACCCGAGAACCAACAACAGAUUUUUCUAUUGCUGAGAAAUUUAGCAGUGUUUAUGGGCGAAACCCCCAGUCCACAUCAUCUAAGAUUAUUUUUCCAAAUCAAGUCAAAAAAACUGAUAAUGAAAAAAUCAAAGAUUUACUUCAACAAGUUAAAGAUGAACUUAUUAUGGAGGAACAAAAUCCUGUCGAGACAAUGGAUAAUAAAGUUCAGGAUAUUGAAAACAGACUACUUAAAUUAAAGGGAGUUGAUCCAGUUAAAACAAAGGUUAUUGAAAGUUCAGAUGAUGAAGAAGAACAAGUUGAAAAAUACAUAAAAAAGGCCAUUGCAGAGAGUAUUUUAGAUGAUAAAGUAAAUCAGGCUGGCUUUGGAAACAUUAUUGCAGAGAAUCCAAUUGCAAUGCAGUUGGAAGAUGAUAAAGAUGAGUUACCUUGGUGCAUCAUUUGUAAUAAAGAUGCUUCUGUAAGGUGUUAUGACUGUGAUGAUGACUUAUACUGCAAGAAAUGUUUUCGAGAGGGACAUAAAGAUUUUGAUUUAAAGUAUCACAAGACUUCUUCUUUUAAAGAAAAUAAAAAGUAUCACAAGACUUCUUCUUUUAAAGAAAAUUAAAAGUAUCACAAGGCUACUUCUUUUAAAUAAAAUAAAAAGCGUUAAUAAAUGUUGCUUUAAUAAAAGGUUAUCUUUAAGAUUAGUUGCAUAAAUUUUUGUGAAGACCUUAUUAAUAUAGUUUGUAACUGACAUUUUUCUAAAUUUUAAUUUUUUUUUUUAAUUUUUAAUCUUGUAAUUAUUAUUGAAGUAGUUUAUGUUGAUUUAUGUUGAUUUAUGUUGAUUUAUGUUGAUUUAUGUUGAUUUAUGUUGAUUUAUGUUAAAGUGUUAAAGUGAAUUAUUUGUAAUUUGUCCUUUCAAAAUUUCAAUGUCAACAAUUUAGUCAUGUUUUUACAGUUAUUUUAUGUAACAGUGUACAUGGCACCUGUCUGGACAAAAAUCAACAAUGUAAAAUAACUUUAAAAUUGGUACUGGUUAUUAAUGGUUACUGAUUGUACUUCUGCUCUCCUAAAUAUUUUUUUUAGCCCAACUAUUUUAAUAUUAUUUAUGACUCCUUAUAUUAUAUAAAAAUUUAAAAGCAUUGAAUCUAAAUCUUUUUCUUAAAAUUUUGAUUAGAAUGUAUUCUUUUUUUUAUAUAUACUUAUGAAUCUUGUUAAAAUAUUAAAUAUUUGUCAGUUAUUGAUUUAAAGUUUUUGAUUUAUUUAACCUACGGAAGAAUACUACUUUUUAGUUCAGCAAUCAUAUUGUAAACAAAAAUUUGAAAGCAAUGAAUAGUUAUUUCUUAAUAUGUUUAGAAUUAGUUUUUACUAACCAAGUUUAUUAAUUAUUCCAAAAUAACUUUUGCUGAUUAAUAACUUUUGCUGUAUAUAUUCCAAGACUACUUCCACUGCUUACUUUUUUUUUUGUGUUUGAAAAAUAAUCCUGAAUUAAUUAAUAAGUAUCUGUUUUCAUGUUCUACAAGUAUUAUUCCUAAUUUUUUUUUAGGUUCUUAUAUUUUUAUACAAUACAAGUAGACAUCUUUUUUAAAACUGUUUUAUUUAUAAAUCAAUAUAUAUGACUAUUAGGAUAGACUAUUUAUAAAAUUUAAUAUUGAGAACUUAAUGUGUUAAUACCAACAUAAAAAGUUAAAAGAAAAUCUGGCAUGCCAUCAAUUAUAUCUCAGAUAGAGUUUCACGAAGAGAGGUUAGAACAUUGUGAACAUCGUCUUGAUGAUAUUCGAGUAACUUUGAGAAAGAAAGAUAUUUUGGAUGCAGACAGGUCUCAAUUAUUUCUCGAAAGAGAUCAGCUGACUUCGGCUAUUUCUAAUCAUAAAAUUACUCUAAAAUCUCUAAGACAUGAAAAUCGAAGAUCGAUGAUGGUAUCAGUUGCUGUGGUUACUAUUAUUGCUCUGGUUUAUCUAUUUGCAAUUAGUUAAUGACGCCUGUUUUGCAACAAUAUAAUUUUCGAACAUUAUUUUAAAAUAAAUUAAUAUCAUCUAAGACUCCUAAUCUAAACUGAGAAUCACUGAUCUUGGUGGCGUCAAUCUUGACAAAGAAUAAAACAUAAAAAUAGCGACUUUAGUUUAUAAAACCUUUUCA